AUGGCAACUGGAAACUACACAACCGUGACAGUGUUCAUUAUUUUGGGGUUAACAGAGGAUCCUACAGUUUGCAUCAUUUUAUUUGUUGUGUUUCUCGGAAUCUAUGUUGUCACUGUAAUUGGCAACAUCAGCAUAAUCAUGUUAAUCAGAGGCAGCCCUUAACUUCAUACCCCAAUGUACCUUUUUCUCUGCCAUUUGGCCUUUGCAGACAUUGGAUACUCCUCAUCAGUCACUCCUGUCAUGCUCAUGGGCUUAUUAAAGGAGGAAACUUCUCUUCCUGUUGCUGGCUGUGUAGUUCAACUCUGUUCUGUGGUCACAUUUGGGAAAACUGAGUCCUUCCUGCUGGCUUCCAUGGCCUAUGAUCGCUAUGUGGCCAUCUGCUCACCCCUGCUUUAUUCCACCCACAUGUCCCCCAGAAUCUGUAUUCUCUUAGUGGGGACAUCCUUCCUAGGUGGGUGUGUGAAUGGUUGGAUAUUUACUGGCUGUUUAUUAAGUCUGUCCUUCUGUGGGCCAAAUAAAGUCAAUCACUUUUUCUGUGACUAUUCACCACUUUCGAAGCUUUCUUGUUCUCAUGAUUUUACUUCUAACAUCAUUCCAGCCAUCUCUUCUGGCUCCAUCAUUGUGGUCACAGUGUUUAUCAUAGCCGUCUCCUAUGUCUACAUCCUCAUUACCAUCCUGAAGAUGUGCUCCACUGAGGGCCGCCACCAGGUCUUCUCCACCUGUACCUCCUACCUUACUGCAGUCACUCUGUUCUUUGGGACCAUUACAUUCAUUUAUGUGGUGCCCCAGUCCAGCUCCUCGACUGAACAGAACAAGGUGGUGUCUGUGUUUUACACGGUUGUGAUCCCUAUGUUGAAUCCCCUUAUUUAUAGUCUGAGGAAUAAGAAUGUUAAAGAGGCCAUGAGAAAACUGAUGGCUAGAACACACUGGUGGUCCUGA